GAGAAGAAAGGAUCAGAUUUGACACAUCAAAGAGAAAAACAAAAUUCGGAGGAACCAGAGACAUCCAAACCAGCAAGCCGGCACCUUGGACAGCGUUUUACCAAGUUAGGAAGCCUGAAAAGACAUGGGAGGACACACACUGGAGAUAAGGCACACCAUUGCGCCCAGUGUGGACAUAGUUUUAACCAGUUAAGAAGCCUGAAAGCUCAUGAGCGAAUACACACAGGGGAGAAGCCUUACAAAUGCUCAGACUGUGGGAAGACAUAUUACUCUUCAUGGUCACUUAAAGUUCAUGUAAGAACCCACACAGGGGAGAAGCCUUACCACUGCUCCCUCUGUGCAAAGAGUUUUAUCCAUUCAGGACAUCUGAAAAAACACAUGAUACUGCACACAGGGGUGAAGCCUUACCAAUGCUCAGACUGUGGGAAGACAUAUUGCUCAUCAGAGUCACUUAAAAUUCACGUGAGAACCCACACAGGGGAGAAGCCUUACCACUGCUCCCUCUGUGCAAAGAGUUUUAUCCAUUCAGGACAUCUGAAAAAACACAUGAUACUGCACACAGGGGUGAAGCCUUACCAAUGCUCAGACUGUGGGAAGACAUAUUGCUCAUCAGAGUCACUUAAAAUUCAUGUGAGAACCCACACAGGGGAGAAGCCUUACCACUGCUCCCAGUGUGCAACGAGUUUUAUCCAGUUAGGACACCUGAAAGCCCAUGAGCGAAUACACACAGGGGAGAAGCUUUACCACUGCUCCCAUUGUGGAAGGAGUUUUAACCAGUCAGGAAACCUGAAGGUUCAUGAGCGAAUACACACAGGGGAGAAGCUUUACCACUGCUCCCAUUGUGGAAGGAGUUUUAGCCAGUCAGGAAGCCUGAAAACUCAUGAGCGAAUACACACAGGGGAGAACCCUUACCACUGCUCCCACUGUGCAAAGAGUUUUAUCCAUUUAGGACAUCUGAAAGAACACAUGAUACUGCACACAGGAGUGAAGCCUUACCAAUGCUCAGACUGUGGGAAGACAUAUUGCUCAUCACAGUCACUUAAACGUCAUGUGAGAAUCCACACAGGGGAGAAGCCUUACCACUGCUCCCAGUGUGCAAAGAGUUUUAUCCAGUUAGGACACCUGAAAGCCCAUGAGCGAAUACACACAGGGGAGAAGCCUGCUUCCACUGUGCAAAGAAUUUUACCAAAUUAUGAAGCCUGAAAAAACACAUGAGACUGCGCACAGGGGUGAAGCCUAACCAAUGCUCAGACUGUGGGAAGACAUAUUACUCAUCACGGUCACUUAAUCAUCAUGUGAGAAUCCACACAGCAGAGAAUAAAUACUUCUAGUGUGUAUAUUGAUAUUUCACUUCGCAUUGACUUAAAAUUAAUCAGAGAACAUACACAGUUUUCCCAUUGACUUAUAAUGUUGACUGAUAAUGUGUUUACUUGUUUAUACCGUAUGAAAUGUAAUUAUACAAAGAAUACUUACACAUAUAUUAUACGUUUUUAUUAGAAAACAUGAAUUGAAUAUGGAGUAUGUCAGUUUGAAUAUAAAGUA